UAUCACUGGGACAAACUAUACUGGAUGAUAUUAGUAAGUAUUUUCCUACUCCUGAAUUGAGUGUGGUUCCUGAAACUAAUCAAGAUUAUGAUUUACAUUUAGUUCCACCUAAUAAUGCUAGUACUGCUGAUGAAACCAAGGCACCAGCUCAUAUACAAUCUGUCACAUCUAGUCCUUCUGAUGGAGCAGUUGCUACUAAUUCAUCUUCACAACCUUUAUCACCUAAAGUUCAAAUACCUGUUCCAAUGCAUUUACUUCAAGAUUUUAAAUCAAUGCAAUCUUCUUACACAAGGAUGUUUUAUAAUGUUUGCAAGAUUUUAAAAAGAAAACUAGAUGUAGAUGACAUCAAGGAAUUCCUGUCUUAUUAUAGUAUUACCUUUCGCAAAAGAGUUGAGCAGUGUUCAGAUAUUUCUAGCAUCCUUCAUCAUAUUAAAGAUGAGUGUUCAUUGACUGAUGUUACACUCCUUCAUAGUGUAGUUGAAGAAAUGGAGAUCACUGAAGCAAAGGAACACAUUGAGACAUAUAGAGCAGAGUUAAAGGACUUCUACAAAUCAAUCUCAAUUAGUCUUUGUCUGGAAAAAAGAUUUGGCUCUUUUCCUCAUCUGAAGUGUGAAACCGUUACCUUUAUCUUUGACUGGAAGCCUGAGGAACAUUUGUUGCAGGAUAUCAAGGGUGUUUUGUCUAAGGUGUCUGGUAAAUUGCUGAUCAUUAAGUUUAUAGCAACCUCCACUUCAAUAUCUGUGACUUGCUCGUUUCCUUUCUCUGAAACGCACAAGAAGAGGAGAUUUUCAAUGGAGCUGAAUCUUGCUUUUGCUCACAAAAAAGACAAGGAUCAUUUUUGUCUGGCUUGA